UCUAUCAUUCUUUAUCAUCGUUUGAUAGAGUUGUGUUAAACAUGUCUGGAAGAGGCAAAGGCGGUAAAGGACUCGGAAAAGGAGGCGCCAAGCGUCACCGUAAAGUUCUGCGCGAUAACAUCCAGGGAAUCACCAAACCCGCCAUCCGUCGUCUCGCUCGCCGUGGCGGUGUCAAGCGCAUCUCCGGUCUGAUCUACGAGGAGACCCGCGGAGUGUUGAAGGUGUUUCUGGAGAACGUCAUCCGCGAUGCCGUCACCUACACCGAGCACGCCAAGAGAAAGACCGUGACCGCCAUGGAUGUUGUGUACGCGCUGAAGCGACAGGGACGACAGAAACCUUUUUGCUUGCACGCCAAAAAGUCGACUGCAGCAAUGGCAAGAACCAAGCAGACCGCUCGUAAAUCCACCGGUGGUAAAGCCCCGAGGAAGCAGCUCGCUACCAAAGCCGCCCGUAAGAGCGCUCCGGCCACCGGCGGCGUCAAGAAGCCCCAUCGUUACAGGCCCGGGACCGUGGCUCUCCGAGAGAUCCGCCGUUAUCAGAAGUCCACCGAGCUGCUGAUCCGCAAACUGCCCUUCCAGCGGCUGGUCCGAGAAAUCGCUCAGGACUUCAAGACGGAUCUGCGCUUCCAGAGCUCCGCUGUCAUGGCCCUGCAGGAGGCCAGCGAGGCUUAUUUGGUCGGUCUGUUUGAGGACACCAAUCUAGUUGUGUUAAACAUGUCUGGAAGAGGCAAAGGCGGUAAAGGACUCGGAAAAGGAGGCGCCAAGCGUCACCGUAAAGUUCUGCGCGAUAACAUCCAGGGAAUCACCAAACCCGCCAUCCGUCGUCUCGCUCGCCGUGGCGGUGUCAAGCGCAUCUCCGGUCUGAUCUACGAGGAGACCCGCGGAGUGUUGAAGGUGUUUCUGGAGAACGUCAUCCGCGAUGCCGUCACCUACACCGAGCACGCCAAGAGAAAGACCGUGACCGCCAUGGAUGUUGUGUACGCGCUGAAGCGACAGGGACGCACUCUGUACGGCUUCGGAGGAUAAACUUCUGAAACCAGGAACAACUACACCAACCCAACGGCUCUUUUAAGAGCCACCCACU